AAGCCCCUCCCGUGGCCGCGGCUCGGUGGCUGGCUGGCGGCGGUUGUCACUCCGGGGCGUUUUCCCCGGCCGGCGCUCAGCUGGGGCGGAGGAAGAGGCGGCCUGGGCCUGACGAGCCGUUGCAGUCUUCGCGGCUGCUAUGCCCAGGGUGCGCGGCGCCCUCAGCAGCUCCGUGCAGCGCUAGAGGCGGCCGAGCGCUCGCAGACGUAGCCCGGAUCCCCGGUGCCGCCGCCGCCGCCGCCGCCGCUCGCCCGCUCCCGCAGCUCCCGCCGCUCUUCAGGCGUCUCCUGCGAGGCCAGGCGGAGGCAAGAUGAAGAUGACCGUGGAUUUCGAGGAGUGUCUGAAGGACUCGCCCCGCUUCAGGGCUGCUUUGGAAGAAGUAGAGGGCGACGUGGCAGAGCUGGAACUAAAACUUGAUAAGCUAGUGAAGCUUUGUAUUGCAAUGAUUGAUACUGGCAAAGCCUUUUGUCUUGCAAAUAAACAAUUCAUGAAUGGGAUUCGAGAUCUGGCACAGUAUUCUAGCAAUGACGCUGUAGUUGAGACAAGUUUGACCAAGUUUUCUGACAGUCUUCAAGAAAUGAUAAAUUUUCACACAAUCCUGUUCGACCAAACUCAGAGAUCAAUUAAGGCACAGCUUCAGAACUUUGUUAAAGAAGAUCUUAGAAAAUUCAAAGAUGCCAAGAAACAAUUUGAAAAAGUCAGUGAAGAAAAGGAAAAUGCAUUAGUAAAAAACGCCCAAGUUCAAAGAAACAAACAGCAUGAAGUUGAAGAGGCCACGAACAUUCUCACGGCCACGAGGAAGUGCUUCCGGCACAUAGCCCUUGACUACGUCCUUCAGAUUAAUGUGCUUCAAUCCAAGAGGAGAUCAGAAAUCCUGAAAUCAAUGCUGUCCUUCAUGUACGCACAUCUGGCCUUCUUCCACCAAGGCUAUGACCUGUUCAGUGAGCUCGGGCCCUACAUGAAAGACCUUGGAGCGCAGUUGGAUCGACUGGUUGUGGAUGCAGCAAAGGAGAAAAGAGAGAUGGAGCAAAAACAUUCUACUAUCCAACAGAAGGACUUCUCCAGCGAUGACUCCAAGCUGGAGUAUAAUGUAGAUGCUGCGAAUGGCAUUGUCAUGGAAGGGUAUCUCUUCAAGCGAGCCAGCAACGCCUUCAAAACGUGGAACAGACGCUGGUUCUCCAUACAGAACAAUCAGUUGGUUUACCAGAAAAAGUUCAAGGACAGCCCCACUGUGGUGGUGGAGGACCUCCGACUCUGCACAGUGAAGCACUGCGAAGACAUAGAGCGUCGCUUCUGCUUUGAGGUCGUCUCUCCGACAAAAAGUUGUAUGCUCCAGGCAGAUUCUGAAAAGCUUCGCCAGGCCUGGAUUAAAGCUGUGCAGACCAGCAUUGCAACUGCUUACAGAGAGAAGGGCGAUGAAUCAGAGAAGCUGGAUAAGAAAUCAUCUCCAUCAACAGGAAGCUUAGAUUCUGGAAAUGAGUCAAAAGAGAAAUUAUUGAAAGGAGAAAGUGCACUGCAGCGUGUCCAGUGUAUCCCUGGCAACAGCAGCUGCUGUGACUGUGGUCUGGCAGACCCACGGUGGGCCAGCAUCAACUUGGGCAUUACCUUGUGUAUUGAGUGUUCUGGGAUUCAUCGGAGUCUUGGGGUUCACUUUUCGAAAGUACGAUCUUUAACCUUAGACACUUGGGAGCCUGAGCUUUUAAAGCUUAUGUGUGAAUUGGGGAAUGAUGUUAUAAAUCGUGUUUAUGAAGCUAAACUGGAAAAAAUGGGAAUAAAGAAACCACAGCCAGGACAAAGACAGGAGAAAGAGGCAUAUAUCAGAGCAAAAUAUGUGGAGAGGAAAUUUGUGGAUAAAUACUCCGUGUUAUCAUCUCCUUCUGAGCAGGAGAAAAGGGUUAGCUCCAAAAGCUGCGAGGAACGGAGGCUGAGCCAAGUCAGAGUGUCUGUCCACACCGCAGUGGCUGCUGUAAAUAGCGACGAGGCCAGGCGGGAGUCUCUGUUCUGCCCUGAUGAGCUAGACUCACUCUUCUCCUACUUUGAUACUUCUUCAAAACUGCGUAGUAUUAAAAGUAAUGACAGUGGGAUCCAGCAAGGCUCUGAUGAUGGGCGAGAAUCUUUACCUUCCACCGUGUCAGCCAAUAGCUUAUAUGAGCCUGAAGGAGAAAGGCAUGAGUCUUCUGUGUUUCUUGACUCUAAACAUCUUAAUCCAGGACUUCAGCUUUACAGGGCUUCGUAUGAAAAAAACCUUCCCAAGAUGGCUGAGGCUUUGGCUCAUGGUGCAGAUGUGAACUGGGCUAAUUCAGAUGAGAACCAAGCAACAGCACUCAUCCAGGCUGUGUUAGGGGGCUCUCUGGUGACAUGCGAGUUCCUCCUACAGAACGGUGCUAAUGUGAACCAAAGAGAUGUCCAAGGGCGGGGACCACUGCACCACGCCACUGUCUUAGGACACACAGGGCAGGUAUGUUUAUUCCUAAAGCGAGGUGCCAAUCAGCAUGCCACUGAUGAAGAAGGGAAGGACCCUUUGAGUAUAGCUGUGGAAGCAGCCAAUGCUGACAUCGUAACCUUGUUACGUUUAGCAAGAAUGAAUGAAGAAAUGCGGGAAUCGGAAGGACUUUAUGGACAGCCAGGUGAUGAAACUUACCAGGACAUUUUCCGUGAUUUUUCUCAAAUGGCAUCCAAUAAUCCAGAGAAACUCAAUCGUUUCCAGCAAGAUUCACAGAAGUUCUGAGCCUUUUAAAGAGGGGAGCCUAUGAAAUCUGGUGGAUUCCUAAUGUGUACAACCAAAAUCUCACACCUUUUUAAAUUCCACUUGAUUUUGGUAGACAUUGAAUCAAUUGUUUGCAAAAAAUGGUACCCAUUCAUUGGUAUUUUUGUAAAUGAAAACAGAUGUCUCAUAGUUGGGAAAGGGAGAAAUCCACUAUAGUUCCUCUUUUAUUUAAGAAGAAAAAAGCCUGUUUAAUAGGUUUUGCUUUUAUAUAAUGUUGUAUCCAGAUCUAAGUCAUCUCUUAAGUUCAGAGAUUCUACACUAUUAUGUCCUUGCAGCCAGUGGUAACACUGGUUCUCCCUGGGGACAUUCAGCCACUAUGUCUGCAUCAAGUGGGAGCCAGUUCUCUUACCUGUAUCAAGGAUGCAUCUUUUCUAGAGCUUCCCUGAUAAUUGUUGGUGUGUUUUCUGAUAGCUUAGGAAUGGUACCCAUGGUAGAUGAUGUAAUUGCUAGGACUAGUGAGGAUGCCCCUCAUCUGCUCAGAGAUGCCAUUGCACUUUUAAGAACUUUAGCAAACACGGUUGCUGUACAGUAGUCUUACUUUAUUUUAUGGUGCAAAGAAGAUCUUAUUUUUUUCUUCUUUCAAUCACCACAAGACUCCCAACUCAGUUUUUAGUAUUGGGUUGGUUUCCUAAAACCUUGACAGAUCAUCAGUGCAAUAAAACUAUAUUUCAGAAGUUGACUAUUGCAAAAUUGGGCUUUCAUCAAAACUUGGUGAUUUAAAAUAUAAUGUAGGACAUUUUUAUAUUUGGAAUUUAUCCACACACACACACACACACACACACACACACACACACACACACGCAUACUGUUUCUCCUGGUGAAAGAAAAAUCUCCAUGUAAAGGAAGAGAAAGCUAAUUUUUUUUCUGUUUAUACUAAAAUUUACCAGCAAUAAAUUUCUUUUUUUCUACAUUUAUCUUGUUUACUAUACAACAGUAUAUGUUCUUUUAAAAUGUAUCCUGUAUAUAGCUUUAGAAUUAAGUGAAAUAUGUGUCAUUGACUUUUGAAUUCCAAAAUUAUGAAUAUGUGACACAGUUUGGUCAGAUUCCACCUCUGAUUGACAUGUCUUGUCAAAGUAUGAAAUGAAUAAGUAAUUGCCUUGUGGCUCAUUUCCAGCACUGUUGAUGGUAUUUAAUCUUUUAGAAAUUAUUUGUAAGUAGCAUUGAUACUCAGCUUCGCAGAAACAUUUUUUAAAUGUAUAUAGAAGUACAGUUAAUUAAAUAAAAAGUUUUAACAUUUUCUCCACAGUAUGUAGAACCUUACUUUGACUAAAUAUAAAAUCAGAAUCUAAGCAGAAAUCAUACUCAAAUAAAUUCAAAACACCGAUAUGGUCCCAUAGUUCAACCAAGUUUCAAGCAUGUAAUGCUUAUUUAGUCAGUCACCACACACUGAAGAUGGAGAUCUGUUGUGGUUUGUUUCUGAGGAAGUGCAAACUUCCACAGAAUGAAAAGAGCUUUGUUUUUCCUGAGUUGCUUCAAACUUGCAGAUCAUCUGGUCUGUAGGUAUUUUGUUACAGGCAAAAGCCUAAUUUUAAUUGUUGUGUAUUUUGAAUAUUGUCCUAAAACAUGUUCAAGGAAGAACAGCAGGCUAAAGAAAGGGAGUGAGGGAAGAAAGCCCACCUUUUUCUGCAGAGUGUGUUCUCUGUCACUUGGGGAGUUCCUGCCUCGUCUGUGGAGGUGCGGCUCAGCUGUUCAGGGGACAGUCCUCUGGACCUGCUUGCCUCCCUGGCUCAUGUUGGAAGUCCUUGGUGUGGCAGUUGGUACUAUCUGCUGUUAGAGCAUUUUUGAAAUAAGCCUUAAAGAUUCAAAUGUAUUUGAAAUGCCUUAAAGAUUAUUGUGGUUCUGAGUAUCUUUAGAAAAAGCUACAUCUUUUCAUAUUGCACGGAGGCUGGCAAUACGAGACUAUAUUUAUUUCUGUGGCUUACUGAAUUUCCUCAACGUGCUGAGAAAGUGACUGGCAGAAAGAAAUGGGGUAGAGCAAGGCUUUCAGUUCAUAGUUGUAAAGUAGGUUGGCUUAGGUGAGGUUUGCUUUGUUCACUAAUAGCUCUGUGUGGCGUGUUGUGAAGGAUUAUGUUAGCACGUCAUAGGUUCAUUUUCGGAAAAAAAAAUAAUAUACUCACAUUUUAGAGAAUUUGUUUGUGACCAUGUUGGCAGUACUUAAAAAUGAAAUUUUUUGCAUAUUAGAUAUGAUCAUAAAACAAGUUGUUUUACUUAAAUCUAAACUUGGCUACCCACAUAGAAUAAUUGGACAUUUCUAGACUACUCAUUCUCAAAUUAACUUUCUGUGUGGUGCAUUUUGACCAUUAGCAUGGGCUAGAAUUUUUUUUUUCCUUAAUGAAAUCCUAUAUUCAUAUCUUUCUCGGAUCCAGGGUUCCCCACAAAUAAAGUGAAUUGGUGAAAAGGAAAACUCUGAACCCCCCCUUUGUGUACGUUUCAUGACUUAGAACAUUCUAUCAUGUUACUUUUUCCCACCUGAUGCUUGCGGAGGACAUCGGGAGCUUAACCCACGGCAUCAGCCUUGUCCGAGUCUUCAUCCUAGCCUCCUCCUCUUGUUUUACAGAGGUUGUCACUUGUUCUGCUAGUUGGAGGCAGAGCUGAGCCAUGCCCCAGGUCUGAAAUAAGCUUCAAAAGCACUUGUAUCAUGAAAGGAUUUGAAAUCAGUGUAAAGCAGCAGCUUACCCUGUGUUUGAGAAGAGACUCCGAAUACUCAGGAGAACCUCAUUGUGAGGUUUAAAGGACCAGAUUGGAAUUUGAAAGCAUCAAAUUGUAGAGAAGUCUACAUUUUUCACAAUAGCAAACAUUAAUAAAGGCAAAGUAUUAUGAAGUUAAAGUCGCCAUGUAUUAACUUUUUGAUGAUUUUGAAUGACGCAUAACCAUAGAAAGGGCUUGGAUUUAGUUUGGCUGAGCCCUAACACCUAGAAGGAUUUUUGUGGGUAUCUUUUUUCUGUUUACAGAGGGGGAUCAUGUGGACAAAGAAAGAUUUAAUUAAAUACACAUUUCUUUGCUUGGAUCUUCUAUUUUAUUUUUUAGAGUUUUCUCAUUCCCCAGCUUUAUUUGGGGUAUUAAUUUUUAGCAGGGAAAGCUUGCUGUGCUAUCAAGGUUGUCAGCACCAUUUAACACGAAGGCUAAAGGUUAACCUUUGGAAAUGACAAGCUUCAUUUUAAAUCUGUUUCUGUGUGCUUUGCGAUGUUCGGGAUCAUUCCGGUCAUAAAGAUUGGUCAUUUGUUCUAUUUCUUGCUACCUGUGAAAAGGAUUUUAAGAAUGUAUAACCAACACUUCAUUAGUUUUUAUUAGUGUGUAGAUGUGUAUCUAAUUCAUGAAUGUAGUUUUUCUGUAGUUUGUCAUUGUAAAUGGAACAAAGUACAUUAUCUUUAUAGUUAUUCUAAAUUGUAUAUUAUGUAAGAAUUGUAAAUAUACUUGAUUACUUUGUAUGCUGAAAAUUUACAAGAAUAAGUCAAUAAAAAUAUCUCACUUCUGGCA